UGACAUUUCUGAAAAUAAAAUAUUGUUAAUAAUAUAUGAAAGCGCAGGUGGAUAAGCAUAGUCUCACAGCUGCUCUAAGUGUCUUAGAACAACUGCUCCUUAAGGUUGAUGAGCAAGUUACAGAGAUUGAAAUCAGGAGAAUGCAAAAGCCAUUCGCAGUUGAGUUCAUAUUUGAUCAUCUUGAGAAAUUCAGUUGGUGGUUAUUCCAAACGCCUGAUGAGGUUCCUCCAAGUUGUGCAUACCAUAAAGUUGAUAAUAGAUGUCUCCAAUAUGAUGAAUUUGAUGAGCCUGUUAAGUGAGGGCUUGAUACUAUUUCUCAUAAAAUGAAUAUCCGAAAAAUAUAUAAAGAACAAGAAGAUUCUGAAAAAGAGUACCACUUGAAAAAGUCCUCAGUUAGACUUAAGAAGUUAAGCUCUAAGAAGUCUUCUGUUAACUCUCAGCGAGUGGAAAAUCCGAAGAAAAAACUGGCUGUAAAGAAGCCCAGGGAGCCUAAAAAGAAGCUUAGGAUAAAGCAAUUUCCUGUUGAAGACCCAGUAGAAGUUUACACAGAUGCUCAAAAACAGGAAAAUAAGAUAAUAAAGGCUAACAGAAAACUUUAUUUUCGAAAAGAGCAACAGAAACAGAAGGAAUAUACUGAGAUGCUUGAAAGAAUGGAGAUUGAAAGACAAUACCAGGAGGAACGCAAAGCCAUGCUUAAGAAAAUUUUGAAGCAUCCCAUUACCUUUGACCACAGAGGAGAGCCUAUGAAGAUCAAGAAGACUGGAGACAGUCCUUUUGAUCUUGACGAGAACUCUGCUCCUCCACAUUUUAAUUUCAAAGACCAAGGAAUUAGCGAAGCCACCCAAGUCUUUAAACUAGAGAAGCGAAAGUAUAAUAACGAUCGGAACUAUUUGGAAGAGUUCUUGACCAUGGAGGAUGCUAAAUAAGUACAUGGAUUUCAGCGAACAAGACUUCCAGAAAAAGUGGUUCUCUAAAUAUCCGAACUUAAUUGAGAGCAAAACCAAGGAAAUCAACCUAGAUGAAUAUUUUCAGAUAUCUGAAGGAGUCAAGUACCGGAAGGAUGUUGGAGCAAGAUUCAGGAAAGGACCAGCUCCUCACACUCCCAAUCAAAUGACCCGCAAGGAAUAUUGCAAAAUAGUUGGAGGGAAGAACCUUGCUGAUAGGCAUAAAGUUAAUAAUGAGUUGAUGAAUACAAAGUCUUCAGACUUCAUGUUUCCUGGGAAGAAUAUUGGCUCUGAUUAUGAAGCGAGUGGUCAGAGAAAAUUCUUAGCAAGCUCACAAAAGUCAGUACGGAGUCAUUCAAAACGAUCUGUUCGGAGCAGGAAUACUAAUAGGCCUUCCUUAGUGAACAAGAUUUCUCUAGGGACUGAAGAAGCUAUAAAACUAUUGACAAAUAAUAAAGUUCAGACUAAUUUUAGAUUUAAUGAUAACUUUGUAGAAGAUCCAAAAAUGAUAAAGACAAGCUCUGAGAAAAACAAUAAACUGAUGAUGACUCCAAGGCCGAAAUAUCAAGGCUAUAUGACUGGAACAUUAAGCAGAAGGCAUUUAUCUACAGCAAAUCAGGGAUUUAGAACUAAGAGAAGCCAAAGAUCAACUGUUGUCAGUACUGCUUCUACAAUGGGGAAUAGAGUAAAACCAUUUAGUGGGCUUUCAAACAAAAACCAUUUCGCUUCUAAGUUUGAUGGAUUUGAUCAUAAAGUAGGUGACUUAAUGGGCUCACCUCCUCGAUUACUGACUUCUCAAAGCAACAAAAGGGCUUGAAUUAGUAGAAACACGAUAUCUCGGAAAAAGGACCGGGAUAAGAAUCACAACUUUUUUGAGACAUUGAGGUCAAAUUAAUUUCAAUUAAAUUUUUAAUCAAA